CAAAUUCUCGGUGGCGAGAGAAGCACGCAUUGGAAAACCACCAAAAGUCGAAUUUUGAGCUUUUAAUGCCUCAACACUCCAAUUUUUUAAUGGUGUGAAGAUAACAGCCACAAAAUGUCGGACUCAAGUGAUGAAGAAGAUAGUAUCUCAAAAAUAGACUUCUCUGUAAUCUCCAUGGCGAUAGAAGCAGGUCAUAAGAUGGUCCAACAGAUACUGAACUGUGUCCACUACGGAACGCCAGAGGUCCGCAAUCUAAUGUAUAACGAGUGUGACUUCAUCGUAGAGUGUCGUGUAUGUCGUAAUCUCUUCAGGAGCAUUCCAAACUUUGUUGCUCACAAACGAAUUUAUUGCACUGCAGAAGCUGAGCAGACUUUAUUUCCAUCAAGUGGUCAAGAGGAAUCAGUGGUCGUUGUCCAGCCAAUGGACAACUCUCCCGGUACGUCUGGAUCCGUGUCUCCAACAGCAGUAGCGACAACCUCCAGUCAAUCAACAUCUGUAGCAAGACAAUCAGCGACCAAAUCAGCUAAUACGGCAAUUCCUACUGGCUCUGUUAACAAUGCAAAGUCUGUUUUGUCAAGCGUUUUUUCAUCGUCUUCUUUGUCACAGUCGAGGACGAUGUCUCAGUCCACCUCCAGUGUGAACGUCUCGGGGUCAAUGGGUGCAAGGAGGUCUGCACAAGAGCAACCGCACAAUCAAGGUCAAGGAAUAAAGGCUCAAGGUCAGGGUGAAAAGAAAGAAGAAGGUGACAGUAGUGAUGGAGAUACUUCUACUCUUAAACAGCUUUUGACAGGAAAGUUCAAGGGGAAAUCAUCAGAGUAUAACUUCUAUUCAAAGACAGCAGAGAAAAUGGAAAGGGAGAGACGAUCUAAAGAAGUUUCUACUGUUGUCAUGACUCCAAUUCCAACCAAUAGAAAUGCAGCAUAUUUGACUGUUACCAAAAGUGGCACAGCUACUGAUGGCCAGAAUGUCAUUGUUUCUCCAGGAUUUCUUGACAGCAGGAAAAAAUCAUCUGAGAGUGUUGCAGAACCUAAGAUUGUUCAGAACUGGGAAAAUUCAGUAACUGGAGACAUGACUAUUGAUAGCGAGCUAAAACAGAGGAAAGUUCCAGAAAGAAGUAGCAAGAGAAAGAAUACAGAUGUUCAGAAGAUAGUCAACGAGGAAACAGCAACAACCAGCAGAAUCCCUGAAAAGACUAUGCUCAGUAAACAGAAACAAAUGGAGCAGAAAAACAAGAAAUUUGUUCAGUUAAGACCGGUGAAAAGUCAGCUCGGAUCUCAUCAAUAUUCUGAACUGUCGGAGCUGGGCUUGCUUGGGCAUUGUGACCUGGCAUUGUCCAGGUGUUUACUGUGCUCCGUUAGUUAUUGCAGUCGCAAAGGUCUUCUGCAACACAUGCAUUCAAUCCAUUCAGGGAGAAAGAUACUGUUUCCGUGUUCUAUGUGCGAGAAAAGGUUUAGCUACUUCUGGGGACUGACACGACACCUACAAAACAACCACAAUCUUAGCAAGGAGAAAAUUGAUAAGAUCAGAGACAAACUGAAAUCAAUGGCGUUCGACACUGCAGAAUUAGAGCAGGAAGAACAUUCCGAUCCAAAAUCUCGUGGAUCCUUGGGACAAAAUCCAGAUGGUUCAAAACAAGAAAAACCGUCUGUAAAGCAGACCUCUAAUUUGGUCCAGACAGUUGGUUCUUCAUCAAGGAUUCAAAGAGAUGGUGAAACUACUGGAAUCAAGUUAAAUAAGUGUGAAGGGUGCAAGAGAGCUUUCUGGAAGAAAUCCAACUAUGAUGAACACAUUAACCAAUGUAAAUGGCUCGUAACUCCCUCCGACAAAAUUGACCAAUCCAGGUCAACAUCUAGGUCAAGGUCAGAGUCAAGUAGAGGUGAAUCAACAUCGAGAACCACAGAAACCUCUCCAAAUAGGCCUGCUACAAGGUCAAAGGUUACUGAAAAAGAUGUCAAUAUAGCGUCUUCAAAUGUGAUGGAUAAUUUGGAAAUUAUUGAAAGAAGAGCAAGGUCAAGAACAAGGUCAAAGAUCCCAAUCGUUGAACAAGCAAAGCAACAGAAUGUUUCAGAAAAAGACCAAGCUGGGGGAGGGACUAACAACAAAGAUGUGGCAAUGGAAAAUGAUCAUGAGGACUCGAGGGAUGGUUCGGAGUUUUCUAAAUCUUCGAGCACUGACAGAUUUAGACACAAAGAAAAGUCUCAGGACCAGAAGUCCCCUGUGUCAUCCCCUAGUAAGCGAUCCGACAGCAGCUCACCAAAUACACCCUCAAAACUUCAGAUGGUCACAAGGCAUUCGGCGAAGUCUUCGGAGAAGGAAACCCAAUAUAUGAGAACACGUUUCUAUGACAAAAGACGCGAAUCUCAAAUCAGGCCAGAUAAAUCCCCUCAGAGUAAAACAGGAUCAGAAUCAGAUAGUCCAACCCUUCAGACAAAAGAUGGCGUAAAAGUGGUGUUGGCUUUUGAAAGUGAAUGCAAUGAAAAGAUGAAUAAAUCUCGGGAAUGUUUGGGAAGUGAUGAGUCGGAAGGGAGUGGGAAAACAAUGCAGUCCAUUUCCUCAGGCAAAGACGGAAGGAUUGAUGAACAGAAAUUAGCUACAAAGAGCAGAGACAGUAGUUUAGAGGGUUCUAAUGACAGAUCUGAAGGAUCGGAAGCUGUGCAUACUAGAGCUAGUAGAGACAGCAGUAGAGAAAGUUUGAAGGAAACAAGUUUGUCUAGACCAAGCACAAGGUCUGUUGAGAAGACAGUGGAAAUAUCAAAGGAUAGAACUAAAUCACAAACAACACCCACUUCAAAGAGGGAUGGACAAAAAUCUCCAAUAGAGGGCGUUAGUAGGGACAGUAGCAGAGAAAGUUUGAAAGAUGGUUCUUCGAGAGUGAGUACUAGAUCUGCGUUCACUCAUUCUGCUACAAAUAGGAGUAGAUCUAGGGAUACAGUUGAAGCAAGUCCAGUAUUGGCUAAAAAGGACAGAGAAAAUUCUCCUGUUGGAAAAGAUGUGCAUGCUAAAAGAGACAGUAGUACAGAAAAUGAAAAUGAACGGAGUUUAUCAAGAACGAGGUCUAGAAAUGUUUCCAAAUCAGAGAACACAAGUAGAUGUAGCUCAAAGGAAAGUAUUUCUGCUAGAAUAAGUACGAGACACACACCGUCUCAGGUGUCGCAUGAUAACGUAACAAAGAACCCAGGUGGAACAGAACCAGAACAAGACAACAAGGGUGAUCUGACCUCUUUCCGAGCCUCUGUCCGAAAAAGCAAUCGAGCGAGUGUGGGCAUGAAAACCGACAAGACGGACAUAAGUGAAAAGUUGAAAGAGGAUAAUGUAUGUAAAGGGACCAUAGAGCAUGCUACCUCAGAGAAAACAAAGCAAGGAAAUGCUAGAGAGCCUCCAGAUUCAUGUCAAAAAUUGGGUGGAAAUACACCUGGAGUCGCUGAUAAGGAAAGCACAGGAAUCAGUGAUGGAAAUGUUCAGAGGGUUUCUACAAGAUCGGGUAAACUUGACACCAAAACUGACAGUACAAGUGAAAAGCAUUCAGGUGUGAAAGAGAGCAACAACCUAUCCAACAAAUUGCCAUCGUCUGAGCCUGAAGCCGAACAAACCGAACAAUCCGAUACUCUGCAGAGUAUGGUGACAAGGAGGUCGCUGUCAAACACUCCAGGACAAAAAGAUAUAAACAAAAGUUCAAACACCAGGAGUUCUGGGCUGAAAAGUUCUGAGGAUGUGCCCUUAAAAGAAACCAGAUCAUCAGGAACAAGGAAAACAAACCCUAGUAAAGCUAGUGGAAAAUCAAAGGAUGAACACCAUGCUAAGGGAGACCACUCCAGUUUAAACGAGAAUGAAGGAUUAGAACUCCAAAAGCGAAGUGUAAGGAUUCGUGAAAAAUUGUCAGCCGGAAAAGACGAUGAAUCUGACAGUAGUUCUCAGGAUUCACCACCAUCUCCGCGUAAGACAGUUGACGAGGUGGAUGGAGGGUCUACUUUUCGUUCCACACGAUUGGCUAUGAAAGCUCAGAAAAUGAAAUGUGAUGCCACUAAAACUACAGAAGAUGUUCCGAAGCCUACAGAGGUCAAAGUCAGCAGUAUGAUCAUUUCAUCCUUGCAGCAAGCAGAAAAUCAAAACUUUCUUGGCCUCAACGUCACUCCAUACACACGCAAGAGUACCUCGAGAGCUUCGAGCCAAUUCACACCAAGAAUCCCAAAAUGUUUAGAAUCUGAUAGAAAUUCUGCUUCAAAUACAAUUGACACAACAUCAGAUUCAAAAUUUGAAGAAUCUACAGCUUUAGAAAGGAGUCAAAUUUCCGAUUCGGAAGACAAAUUUUCUGAUUCAGAUGAAAGUUACGAUUCAAGUAUAGAAGAAUUAAAUUCUGAUUUCAUAUCUGCCAGUCCAGAGCCUGAAGUACAGUUGUUUGAGGAGAUAUGGGUGCAAAAAGAACCAGGGCUACCCACGGAGGAGAUCAAAACUAAUGCGUUUGCCAUGAUGACAUACAAGAGCAGUCCUACUCAGGUAUCUUCCAAAGGACCGUCUCCUUCUUCGUCCGGUCACACGACUAGAGCAUCAGAAAGGAUGCGGACAACAAGAACUCAGAUGUACGUCACAGACCCAAAGAACAUGGGGACUUCGCAGGAAUCUGUCCAGACUAGAUGUCUCGACUUAAGUCGUAUAUCGUACCUCAGUGACGAGAAGGAAAUGAAAUGUCUGCAAUGUGGUUUGGGAUUCAGCUGUCUCUCCAAUCUACGUCGACAUGUGGUUCGUCAUCUAGGUUGGCGACGUUAUAAAUGCAAGCUCUGCAAGUUUUCAAGUUAUAACAAAUCUGAGUGCAACACCCAUCUAAUACGGUCACAUGGUACCAAGGCAAGAAACUGCACAGCAAGUACACUCAUCAUUGACUUGAAUAAAGAAGCUUCAAAAGUACGGAGCCAGAAAAAAUUUAACACCAUUAAGUCGAAGACAACAGGCCCAUCGCUGAGAUCUAGAAGUCCAAAGAAGACAUUGAGUUCUGGAAGUGAGAAAACUGAGGACCUGACAACCGAAACCAAGCUUCCAGAAUCAAAGAAGGUGUCUCGUGUGACAUCACAACAGGAAAAAACAAGAAAAGGAGAUGUUCAAAAAGAAUCGUUUGCUGCCAGCAAGACACAAAGCUCAGACCAAUCGGCAACAACUGUAGUGGCUACACGAUCUAGAACAACAAGGAAAGAGACGAAGAUGGACAAUAUAGAGGAUAGUCAGUCAACAAAAAAGGGAGGGACAGCAAAUGAUCAGUCGGAUGAAGAUGCUGCAGCAAACUUGCAGAUGAAGACAGAAGAAUUGAGACGAACAAGAAAACGAAAGAGGAGCAACAGUGAGGACACCAAUUCUUCGAAGGUUGAGAUCAACAAAGGGGAAAUAACUGUGAGUGACACAAAGAAGUCACGUAAACGGAAAAGGAGUAAUAGUUUAGAAGGAUGUUCUAAAGAGGAAGAAGCUGCUUCAAACAAAUUGGAAUCUUUGGUGGUUCCAAUAAAAAAGAAAUAUGAGAUGAAGCGUUCGACAAGUUUGGAUGGGACAAGCUCUAGUCUCCCAGAUGAUGUUGGUGAAACUCUCUCAGAUUCCUGGGACAUCCCCAGUGUGUCUGACUUUGAGAAUUCGGACACAGAGAUGGUUUGUUCACCUCCAAUUGCUAAAGUUGUUCCUAAUUUAGAGACUAUGAUGGCUGCCCUGGAAGAAGCUAGAGCUUUCAAAUUUGUUCGACAAAGAGGAAAGGGUCGGAAGUCAUUGCCAUUGGUAAAAAAGACUCAGCGGUCGGGGAGUUUAGGAUCUCAAGCAGACAGUAAUGUGGAAAUCUCUAUUAACACUGCAGGUACUUCAUCUGUUGAGGGGACUCCGACACAAAGUAAAGUGUUAGAAUUAUCUGGUGUUUCAUCAGCAUCAUUAAACAGUGAGGGAGAUAAGGGCAAAUUUGUUCAGUCGAAAAAUAUUACAUGUACUUCAAGGGAAGAAACUGAUGAGGAGACUUGCGCGAUAAAAGUAAAUAAGAUUUCAUCAGAUGCUAGUAAUAACGAGAAAUCAUGUGUACAGAACAGUUCAACAGGUAGAAAGGACAAUUCAUCUGGUGAACAAAACAAUUCUUCAGGCAAAAAGGACAGUUCAUCUGGGGUAAAAGAUAGUUCAGCUAGUGCAAUGGACGAUUCAUCAAGUAACAUGGACGAUUCAUCAAGUACAAAAGUCAGUUCAUCAAGUGUCAAGGACAGUUCAUCAAGUGUCAAGGACAGUUCAUCAAGUGUCAAGGACAGUUCACCAAGUGUAAAAGGCAGUUCAUCAAGUGUCAAGGACAGUUCAUCAAGUGUCAAGGACAGUUCAUCAAGUGUAAAAUGCAGUUCAUCAAGUGCACACGACAGCUCAUCAAGUACACAGGUCAAUUCACCAGGUGUACAACAUGGUUCAUCAGGUGUGACAGAUAGUUCAAGUACAAAGGACUGUCCAUCAGAUGUACAGGACAGUUCUAUGUGUAAACAGGAUGAUUUAUCAGGAAUAGAGGACAGUUCAUCAAGUGCUCAAAUUAGUUCAAUAAGUACAAAGAAUACUUCACCAUCUGAUGUAACAGAAAUCACAACUAAGGUUUCAAAUGUUGAAACUAUAUCAUGCUCAAGGGAAGACGAACACUCCACAUUUGAAAAGGAAACAAUAGAAAAUGUUGUAGACAGUGACAAAUCUUCAAAGGCAAAGGAAGACAGAUGUAAAGAGACAGUAACAGAGAAUUCUGGAGCACUACACGACCCGUCAAAAGUGGUUGAGGAAUGUGUUAGCCUUGGUUCUGAACCCAGUAUAGCCAAGGGAGACAACACAUCAGGUCAAAAGGAUUUAGGUGAUUCAGAUGUGUCUAUGGUAACAAAGCCAGCUAUUGCUGAAGAUGUAGGGACAGGAGAUGCAGAUAAAGAAAAGCAAAAAAUUAUACUAUAAAAUUAUCUGAAAGUAAAACUGAUGAGGGUGAUGCUUCAUAAAACUACAGAACUUGACGUUAGUGGAAGUUAGUACUAGUCAACAACUAGGCAAAGUAGUAGGCAAAGUUCAAGACAUUGAUCAUAAAUUGCAUUACCAUAGAAAUUGAAUUACAAGCUAGCAUUUUAUCAUAAAAUUUAAGAAUUCCAUUGCUUUUGUAAAAGCACAUAUAACAAGUGCAGAUUUGUAUUAUCAUUGUAAACAAAAACAACUACCAGCUAUACAUAGAUGUUAGGUAGUUCUCCAAAUCUCUCACAAAUUUAUUUUUUCUCAAUUUUUAUUCAAAAUAUUUUCUUUUUCUUAUAUGAAUUUGAAGUUUUGAUAAA